UGCCUACUGUUCUUACUUGCGAAUCCUAGAGCCAGCAAUCCACCACGACUAGGGCUUUGUCACUUCUCGUGUAAGCUACCAUGCAAGAAGAGGAUCAUCAUGAUGCUGAGCCACGCAACAUUCGUCGACUGCGAUUGGUCUCGGAGAUUUCACAGCCAACGUGGCUAUCCGUCUACUGCCAUCCUUCUAUCACGAUCGCUCUACUGCGUCUUCAGGAGAGUACUCUACACACCUGCCGUAUUGCCAAAUCGAUCCGGCAGGAUCCGCAUCCUAUGAUUCGAUUCCUACGACGGGAAAUUAGAUGGCCUGACCAAUCAUUGCUGAUAGAACCUAAUGUCGAGAGUUGAACGACAUGAAUACUUCCCUCAUUCAGUGCACCAGUAUAUACCAACAUUUGCUUACACGGGGUAGAUAUGACCCACGCUAACCUGCAUUUUGUUUCAGUUUUCCUGUUGCUUACCAUUCUAGGAGCUACAGUAUUGUCUUCUUCAGCUGUGAAAUGGACUUCUUGACUGCGGGCAAAAGCUACUGUACAGGCAGGACCAUUACUCGCACAGUGGUUUGGUCUCAACCAUCUCAAAAUAUAAUCAUGAACUUCCCG